AAGAAGGUGGCGAUGUCAGCUGACAUGACCAAAACAAACAUGGCGGCCACAGUAACGACGGUAAACAUAUCGAACAUAUAGCUGCGUUUUUCUUCGCCUCUCUUGUUUUCGCUUGUCGGAUUUGCUGCCAAUAUAUUUCAGAAAUUGACCCUUUCACUAAUCAAAUGUUUUGUGGCAAUGUUCUGAACGAAGAGCCAAAACGAAAGCCGGGAAAAAUAAACGGAAGUGUCUGCCUCUGUUUUGAACUUAAACAUCCGCUUUAGUAACGCGUGUUUUGCAGCUCGUCGUUUCAGUCGUAUCGGUGAGGAAAACAUGAGAAGUAAUUUUAACGAAAGGAGGAAUUGCGAGAACUGCAUUUUUGUGUGGCGGGGGACAAGCUAACGGUCUGCACAAAAUGUAGCUACAGUAUGAAUAUCUGACCCAGUACUAAUAAACAAGAGAUGGACCUUACCUGGGAGACGUCCUGAGAGGAACGAGAGGUAAAUGCAGACAAGUUAACGAUAUAUUACCAUGGGUUUGGUGAACUUUCUAAUAACCACAGUAGGAAAAUGCCUGGACGCCGUCUGCUUACUGCUGGACCUGAAUUUUCUCAUCGUCCAUACGGUGGUGCGCACACUCCUGGCGAUUAUCACCUUUAUAACCAGCUUGCCCGCCCUCUUCGUCAAUUCGCUGGUGGAGUUAGGAAACUUUGUAGCGUUUGGCUUGAUGUCCAUGACAGAGGCGACUUCAAAUGUAGCCCACGGCACUGUCAGCAUGCUGGGAAGCCUGAUGCUGGCCCUGGAGGGGCUGCUGGAGAGCCUGAAGAUGGUGGGUUACCUGUCCAUGCACGUCCUGCUUCGUGGGAAGGAGCACCUGUGUCGAGGUCUGCUGUCAGUGCUGGAGGGCUGUGGCAUCGCUGUCAGCCUCGUGGUCUAUUUUGCCAACACCACGGUCAACUUUGUACUCAUUGCCAUGCAGAACAUUUACCUGGGAGCGGUCAGUGUGUGGCAGACCGUCUCCAGCCCGCUACAAAAGGUGCUGGAGCUCACACUGACCUCUUUCACCUUUCUGUACAGCAGCCUGGUUGGGACUUCGGCUUUCCUGUGGUCACCCUGUAAACUGGUGUUGGAUUUUCUGAUCUCACUGGUUCAUAUGUUUAUCAGCAUCUUCAUACUGAACAUCUAUGGCCUCCUGCUCACUGUCACUAUUGCUUUAAUUACCACAGCCUACUUGAAUCCAGAGCUGACCCGACAGCUUGCUGUGCGAAUUGUAGAUUACAUUAGGUCUUUUCCUGGCCUGAGCAGACUUUAUCUGGCUCUCUGCCGCCUCAUUUCAGCAUUGCAGAGUACCCCACAUUUUGUACGCGGCGCCAUGCAGCGCCUGCACAGGAUGCUCCGUCACUGCUACCUGUUGGAGAGAGGACUUUGGCAGCAGCUUUCUCGAUUCAGCAGUCAGCUUGGUCUGGCUUUGAGGACACAGCUCCACAGGGACAACAAUAACAGAUUACACGGCGAUGGUGAAGUGGGAGAGGAGAGGCGGGACCCACCGGAUGGAAGAGCAGGAGAUGGAGCUCACCGGGAGCUGAUUGGGUUAGUUUACCCGUCAUCAAGCACAGACAGACCACUAAAGAAGCAGUCGUCUUCAGGCAAAAGCAGUCAACGUCUGCCCGCUGAGAGCCUGCUGACCCUCCUGAAGGAGCAGGAGGAGAGGAAGAAGUGUGUGAUCUGUCAGGACUGCACCAAGACGGUGGUGCUGCUGCCAUGCAGGCACCUCUGCUUGUGCAGGGACUGUACGAACAUCCUGUUGAGGCAGCCCGUCUACCAACACACCUGCCCGCUCUGCCGGCACAUGAUCCUCAACACUAUGGACGUGUAUCUGUGAGGGACCAACCGAAGUGGAUAAGCAUGUGCGACUGACCACACAGAACAAUAUUUGUCCCUUCCAUUUUAUGACCACUGAAAUUAUGUUGUAGCCGGAUUGUGUUAAAGGACAAGUCUGUGCAAGAAGGUGUAAACAGGCUUUUGCUACUUAGACAAUACUGGUUAGUAAAGUCAGUUGAAUGUUGGUUCUGUAUUUUUUGAGAGUAACUGACUCUGAAUCUGCAGACUUGUUUUAUAAAAUUUGGAUUCAGACCUCUGCUACGUUUGGGAAAAUUUACAGAAGAAGUGCUGUCCCAAGACCAUACUAGUAUGGUCUUGGGACUACUAAUGUAUGUAAUACUAUUCUUUUUAGUAUACCGUUUUUGCAGGUUGUAUACAAGAAGUCAACAUGUUUAAAUGUUUCAGAGAAAUUACACAAAGAUCAGCCACAACAUUAAAACCACUGACAGGUGAAAUCGGUAACAUUUAGCAUCUCUUUGUAAUGAAAUAUUCUGGUGGGAAACCUUUGGUCCUGCUGUUCAUGUGGAUGCCACCCUGACACAUGCCGCACACACAAACACUGUCACAGAUGACGGCGGCAGCACCACAUCGUCACAAUCCUCAGGCCAUUCCUGAGCAGCUUUUGCAAAGAGCUCAAAGUGUUGACUUGGCCUCCAGGUUUGCCAGAUCUCAAACUGAUCGAGCAUCUGUGGGCCGGACGCAGGAACUGGUCCGAUCAGUCAACAACACUCAGGUUCCAGAAACCACGGGACCCACACUGUAUUAGGUGGGGGGCGUUAAUGUUGUGGCUGUUUGCUGUAUCCUUGCAAUGUCACAUCAAGCUACCGUUAGCUUUUAUUUUUAUAUUCAUUAGCAGCUCCUCCGUGUACUUUGUGAAUUGCAUUGUGGGAGAAUGGUGUAGCGCACUAAAAAAAAUAUCAGAAUCAAAUUUUUUGUCGUAUGCACACUGAGCGCUUUGAGCUUUUCAUACUCCCAUGUUGUGUAGAAUUGGUCUGUAUGGAUUUGGGACACAGGUGUGUAGAGGUAAGAGGCGCAUGUUGAAAUAAUCCAGUAUUGCCACGUUGAGUCUCAGGUCUCGUAGCCACGGCAACCCUGAUGCUGAAAUGUUUACCACCGCUCAUGUCUUAAUAUGUCGUGCUUUCAGUGAGCCAAGCUGUGAAGGAAUAAAAUUUAGACUAAUACAAGUAAUUCCACGCAUGCUGUAUGUAUGAAUGCUGUGUAAUUCCAAGCAACAACACGACCUUCCGUUCUGUCGUAAAAGAUUUUACCAUUUAUAUAUACUUCUGUAAAUGAUGACUACUUCACAUGGGCCGUGAAAAGAGAGAGAGGAAAAAAAGGUUUUCUGUAUUCAAAGAAAGUGAUAUUCCAGUCAGGCCUGAUAAAAUACAGCUUUAUUCCAUUUAUGUGUUCUAUUGAUUUGGCUUAUUAUUGUCUUCCAUCAGACGCGUAUUACAGUCACCGCCAACACAUAAUCCAUAAAAAGGUUUUCCCUUUUCUUUGUCAUUGUGAUAAAAAAUAUAGAUUUUUGUUGCAUGAAAGGACCAUAAACUAAUAAGACUUUACAAUGUCAUGUUCUUUUGCUUCUCAUUUGUUGCAGUGGAAGCUGAAGUGUUUAUUGAUUGGUGCUUAGUUCACAAGGCUAAGUUUACAGGCCACUAUUGUGACACCACUUUGGGUAUUGUUAUUGAUGGUGGGGAGUCAGGUCUGUCAUAAUGUUUUGUUUUUGGGUUUGUUUGUGUUUAAAUUUUUUUUAGAUUUUUUUAAGUAAUUUUUAUGAUUUAAAAAAAUUGGAUUUUUUUUUUUUUUGGUUUUGUGAAAUGAAUUCUGUUAUACCAAUUACUGACUGUCAUUUGUUGCUACCAGCAGUUUGUCUGACACGGUGUGGGAUGCGGUGAUUUUCAAGAUAUGAGUGUGACUUUUUUAAAAUGCUGUGGCUGCCACAUAGAUGGCCAGUCUUUUGUUCAUAAUAAAACAACAAUCAGUGAA